AUGGCCAACGAAAUCGACCUCGGCGAGUACCUUUUCAAGCGCCUGCGUGAAGCAGGGGCAAGAGCUGUUCACGGAGUCCCUGGAGACUACAACCUGACGGCCCUCGAUUACGUCGAGCCGGCCGGCCUUGCCUGGAUCGGCAAUUGCAACGAGCUUAACGCUGGCUACGCCGCCGACGGCUAUGGCAGGAUCAAGGGCGUCGACGUCAUCGUCACGACUUUUGGUGUGGGCGAGUUGUCGGCCCUCAACGCCAUCGCAGGAGCCUACGCCGAGCGUAGCCCCGUCGUCCAUAUUGUGGGCACACCGGCGCGAGGCCUGCAGCAGCGCGGAGCCAGGCUGCAUCACUCCCUCUGCAGAGGGAGCCCAGACGACUUCUCCAUGUUUGCGGACAUGUGCUCGAAAAUCACGCUGCUCCAGGAGAAUCUGAUGGAUGCGGAGACGGCGCAGGAGCAGAUUGAUCGGGCCGUCGUCGCUUGUGUUAGACACCAGCGUCCUGUAUACAUACAGCUUCCUGCGGACAUGGUUGAUGUCAAAGUAUCAUCAGCUCCUCUAGGUGUGCCCUUGGACCUGACGAUGCCGGCCAACGAUGCGCAGACGGAGCAUGCCGCUGCGGAGGCGAUUCUUGAGAGAAUCUACCACGCCAAGCAGCCAUUCAUCCUCGUCGAUGCCGGUGCUUCUCGGUUCGGAAUGGCGGCAGAAACCAACAAGCUCAUCAAAGCCACCGCCUUCCCUACUGCCACGACCCCAUUUGGUAAGGGAAUCGUGGAUGAAACGGUGCACAACUUCCACGGCGUCUAUGGCACAGUCGGCGAUAAUUUGUACGUUGGCUGGGUCAAAGAGUGCGACUUGGUCCUCUACAUUGGGCCAUUUGAAAACAAUGUCAACACCUACUACUUCAAAACCAUACCCGAGGCCUGUAAAACAGUGAGAUUUGAUGAAGAAUCAUCACAGGUCGGUUACGCCGACGGUGAGCCCAAGAGGUGGAGCCUACACCCCAAAGGACUCAUCCAGCGCAUCAUUGAUCAACUUGACAAACGCAGGUUGAAUCAAUAUGCCGAAUACCCCCCGUUGCCCGAUUUACGUCUAGAUCUCAAGAACCUGCCGCAAGUCCAGAAGACGGAUGCACUACUGCAAGACACGUUCUGGAAGCGAAUCUCUGAAUUCUUUGAGCCAGGAGACAUCAUCAUGACUGAAACGGGCACACCCAGCACCGGCGGACGUGAUUUCGUCUUGCCCCAGCACACCACACUGAUCAACUCGGGCGUAUGGCUGUCUAUUGGCUACAUGCUAGGAGCUUCUCAGGGUGCCGCGCUCGCCCAGCGAGACUUGGCAGUCGACGGCGGGUCCAGGAACGGGCGAACCAUCUUGUUUGAGGGCGAUGGCAGCUUUCAGAUGACAGCGCAGGAGCUCAGCACCAUCAUCUACCAGAGGCUGGACAUGAUCAUCUUCCUCAUCAACAACGACGGCUACACAAUUGAGAGGCUAGUGCAUGGCAAGGACGAGGUGUACAACGAUGUUGCCCCAUGGAGGUAUCUGGAGGCGCCGAGCUGCUUCGGUGCGCCAACUGACGGCUCAUACAAUACAAUGACGGCUAGGGCGACGAACUGGGGAGAGCUCUUGGAUAUAAUUUCCAGGGAUGAGUUCAAAUAUGGCUCGGGGCUUCGAAUGGUCGAGGUCAUCAUGGAUCGUAUGGAUGCCCCGGUUAUCCUCAAGCGACUGUUGGAGAGUUACUCGGCUUCAGCCUCUUAA